ACUGAUCUUAGUAUAACAAUGCAUAACUUUAUAUCAAUAAAUUCGUCAUUCGGCAGCUAAUUGGUGCCAAUACCACCAACAUCGAUUAUCAAUUUCUCUCAAUCUCUGUCACACUAUAUUUUUAAACGUAAUUGGUUAUCUACAAAAAUUAAGAAAAGAGUAAAACAUUUAUUUUUCUUCUAAAAUAUUUGUAGAAAGCUGUUUUAGUACCUUAAAAAUAUUGUCUGUAAUUAGUCCCACUAAUUUUCGAACUUGUUACUAAUUUAAGGUACGAUAAAUGUGCAGUUGCAUGCUCAAUGUUUCUGCUGAUGAACACAGGGACCAAACAUUAGAACCAAAAGAGUAAUAAGUCUUAUGGUAGGGUUAUAAGGUUCAUUCGGUCAACUUCAAUGGUGUGAACGCCAUUCCCCAGUCUAUUCUCAACCAUAUGCUGCAACCUCUAUCUUCAAAGUCAACUUUUUCAGUCAACGUCAACAUUAUUGCAAAAAAAUCUAGCGAACGAUUUCUUUUUACAUGGGAGAUGGAAGAGAAAGAGACAAAGAAAAAGGAUGAACGGGUGUGUGAGUGUGAGAGAUAGAGAGAGAACUGAAAGAAAUUAUUACACAUGCACGAUGUGACAUAGGAACACGGAUCCUUGAACAUUACUGCUAUAGAUAUUUUAUCAUUAUUACUGUUAUCAGUCACUGCCUUGACUAAACCGCAAGAAAACCAUGGACAACGAUUUCAAGCUUCAUGGUCCCAUUGUCACGUUGACCCUUAAUCUGAAUAUUGUGCCAGUCAUAACAAUUAGCAAACUUUUAUUAGUAUUAUUGUAAUUAUUUCACCGAUUUCAUUGGAUUGAAAUAAUAAAUAGGUCAUCCAGUGUUUGGAGUUGGAUCAGUAGCAUAACGAGGUUUGAGCGAAAUGGGUGUUGUGGAGGGUCUUUUAGUUUUAACUUUGGCUCUGAAUGUUGUUAUGGUGUGUAAUGGAGGCACAAGCAGCCUCUUCGUUAGGAAAACCGAGUUAUCUAGGGAUAUGCCAAUUUACAGUGAUGUAUUUUCUGUUCCUCCUGGCUAUAAUGCUCCGCAGCAGGUUCAUAUAACGCAAGGUGACUAUGUGGGGAGGGGGAUGAUAGUGUCAUGGGUGACGAUGGAUGAACCGGGGUCGACUGCAGUGCGUUACUGGAGUGAGAACAGUGGGAAGAAGAAGAUUGCAGAAGGAAAAAUUGUCACUUAUAGGUUCUUAAAUUACUCAUCUGGGUUUAUCCAUCACACCACCAUCAGACAUUUGGAGUACAACACCAAAUACUACUACGAAGUUGGACUUGGGAACACAACACGGCAGUUUUGGUUUGUAACUCCACCUGAAAUUGGNCCUGAUGUNCCAUACACAUUUGGUCUUAUAGGGGAUCUUGGUCAGAGUUUUGAUUCAAAUUUGACGCUUUCUCACUAUGAAUUGAGUCCAAAAAAGGGACAAACUGUACUGUUUCUUGGAGACCUCUCCUAUGCGGAUCAGUACGAGAAUCAUGAUAAUGUGAGGUGGGAUACUUGGGGAAGGUUUACAGAAAGAAGUGUUGCAUAUCAACCAUGGAUUUGGACUGCAGGGAACCAUGAACUAGAUAAUUAUCCAGAAAUUGGUGUAACCGUACCUUUCAAGCCUUAUUCCCAUCGUUAUCAUGUUCCUUACAAAGCAUCUCAGAGCACUUCACCCUUCUGGUAUUCUAUCAAGAGAGCUUCAGCACACAUCAUUGUCUUGUCCUCAUAUUCUGCAUAUGGCAAAUAUACGCCACAGUAUAGAUGGCUUGAACAGGAGCUACCGAAAGUUAACAGGACAGAGACUCCUUGGUUGAUUGUUCUCAUGCAUGCACCUUGGUACAAUAGCUAUAAUUAUCACUACAUGGAAGGAGAAACAAUGAGAGUAAUGUUCGAAACCUGGUUUGUGGAGUACAAGGUUGAUGUUGUGUUUGCUGGUCAUGUGCAUGCCUAUGAACGAUCUGAACGUGUUUCUAACAUUGCAUACAACGUUGUAAAUGGCAUUUGCACUCCUGUAAAAGAUCAAUCAGCUCCUGUAUAUAUCACCGUUGGUGAUGGAGGAAACCUUGAAGGCUUAGCAACCAACAUGACAGAACCACAACCUGAGUAUUCUGCAUAUAGAGAAGCCAGCUUUGGACAUGCCAUGUUUUCCAUAAAGAACCGAACGCAUGCUCAUUACAGCUGGAACCGAAAUCAUGAUGGAAUUGCCGUGGAGGCUGAUUCCGUUUGGUUUUUCAAUCGAUACUGGCACCCAGUUGAUGAUUCCACUGUUCAUGAGUGAUAUUAACGCACACUUUCACUACAACAAUGCAUAAUUUGACGUCAAUAAAUUCAUCAGUCGGCAACUAUUUGCUGCCAAUACCACCAACAAUGAUCUUCAAUGUCUCUGAAAUAGUUACAGUUGACAAUUGCAAAUUGCGUGCUUCUAUUCUGAAAUUGCAUUG